AGUAUAUGAUUUAGUGCAAGCUUAAAGUCACAGUUAAGAAAAUGAAGCUGAUCCUAGCCUUGUGUGCCUUGGUAGCAUUUACAGAGUGCAUCAGGGUGCCUCUGAUCAAAGGUAAGACUGCACGUCAGAGACUACAGGAGAAAGGCUUGUGGGAGGAGUACAGAAAGAAAUAUCCCUACAACCCACUGGUCAAGUUUCAACAGACCGGUACUGAGCCCAUGACCAAUGAUGCUGAUCUCUCUUACUACGGUGUAAUUUCCAUCGGCAAUCCUCCUCAGUCCUUCCAAGUGAUUUUUGAUUCUGGCUCCGCCAACCUGUGGGUGCCUUCUAUCUAUUGCUCAAGCCAGGCUUGCCAGAACCACAAUAAAUUCAACCCAACACAGUCCAGCACUUUCCAGACCAACAACCAGGCUCUGUCUAUUCAGUAUGGCACUGGCAGCAUGACCGGAUACCUGGGUUAUGACACUGUGACGGUCGGUGGAAUAUCAGUGCAAAAUCAGAUCUUUGGACUGAGUGAGACUGAGGCACCCUUCAUGGCCAGCAUGACGGCAGACGGUAUCCUGGGUCUGGCCUACCAAUCCAUUGCCUCUGAUGGUGCCACUCCUGUCUUUGACAACAUGAUGAGUCAGAAUUUGGUCUCCCAGGAUGUCUUCUCAGUCUACCUGAGCAGCAAUGGUCAGCAGGGUAGUGAGGUGCUGUUUGGUGAGAUUGACACCUCCUACUACACUGGCAGCAUCUACUGGAUCCCUCUGUCCUCUGAGAGCUACUACCAGAUCGCCAUGGACAGUGUUUCUAUCAAUGGGCAGACUGUUGCUUGCUCUGGAGGAUGUCAGGCUAUCAUUGACACUGGCACUUCCUAUAUUGUUGGCCCAUCCUCAGACAUCAGCAAUAUUAACUCCUGGGUGGGCGCCACUGUAGACCAAUAUGGAGAUGCUAGUGUGAACUGUAACAACAUCCAGAGCAUGCCUUCAAUUACCUUCACCCUUAAUGGCUACACCUUCACCAUCUCUCCCUCAUCCUACGUCAGUCAGACCUCUUAUGGCUGCAAUACAGGUUUUAGUGGCAGCGGUGACUCUCUGUGGAUUCUGGGUGAUGUUUUCAUCCGAAACUACUACACCAUCUUUAACAGGCAGACCAACAGUGUUGGCCUGGCUCAGCUUGCUUAAAAGAGUGAACAAUGUAAUUUAUCAAUCUCUGUAUGAUUUAUUGAUCAAUAGACCAGAAAUUACAAACAAUAAAGCAUAUAGUGUAUCAAAGAAA